UAUCCCUUUUAUAAUCUGUGAGCUGUUGUGAACGAUUGGGAGAUAAUAAUAAACAGCAGAUGUAAAAUAAAAUUAGAAUUGUACAUAGAAACAGAGUUUAAACUCUGUUGUUGAUAUCAUAAUGACAACAAAAUUAUUAUCUCUCGGGGGCGUUAUAGCGAGGCCAUUAAAUAUUAUUUUAAAACAAAACAACAUAACUCCUAACCUCAAAACCAACUUCAGCACUACACCUAUUGCCUGUGUAACAUUCUUCAAUAAAUUACCUGCAGAAAAAUUAUGGAAAUCCGUGACAUCAGUAAGUAAUGCCGGUGCAAAGAAGGGUCGUGGUAAGGGAGCCGGGCGGAUACGGAUAAGGGAUUUGAACAGAGGCCAAGUUAUUGGUGUGGGCAAAAUUAAUAUGCUGUGGCCCGGUUUGUCUGCGCCCGUCAUCAGAGGCAGGGAGCUGCUGAAACAACAAAGGCUGCCUGAUGACCCAGAUAGGAUGGAAAAGUUGAUCAAGAUAAGAGAUUCAAUGACGAGAUUCCGUCGUCUGAAGUUGAAUCCCAUUGAGAGAGGUUGGUCAGGAUCGCGAAUGCCUGGAAGAAGUAUUGGAGCACCUGAUCCAGUUGCAGAUGAUGAAUUUAUUGGUUUUGAUACCAAAGUUCUUCAACUAAGAUCAUUAUUGAUUAUGAAGGGGAGUCUUGGUCGUACCAGAAAUUAUCAGGCCAUGGUUGUAACAGGAAACGGUCAAGGAUUAGCUGGAUUUGGUUUAGGAAAAGCUAAAGAGGCACCAGCGGCUUUGAGGAAAGCUAAAAACCGAGCCGGGCAGAAACUUAUGCAUUUUGAUAUUUAUGGAGGGCAUACAAUUUUCCACGAUUUCUACACAGCUUUUGGUAAAACAAAAAUAUUUGUUCAAAAGAAGAAUGAAGGUUAUGGUCUUAAGUGCCACAGAGCUAUUAAAGAAAUAUGUCAAGCAAUUGGUAUCAAGGAUUUAAGGGCGAAAGUGGAAGGCUCAAACAAUCUGCAGCACAUUGUAAAGGCGUUUUUCAUUGGACUUUUGCAACAGAGAACUCAUCAACAACUGGCUGAGGAAAAGAAGUUACAUCUAGUGGAGUAUCGAGCUGAGAAUGAAUAUUAUCCAAAAGUGGUAGCCAGUCCUAAAGAGGUCAGAACGAAGGAGGAAAUAAAACAUGACGAGACGCUCGACUUUGUCCAAUACGUUAUGAAUGAUAAAGUGAUUCUGAAGAAAAAGAAAUGGCCCCGCUUUUACGAGACAAUGCCUCAUUACCGAAUAUACUUGAAGAAAUAUGAAAAGUUCAGGAACCACGAGAAAAUCCGUCAAAACUUGAAGGUGGAGUAUGGCGAGGUCAAGAGCUUCCUCACCGAUAAGUAUCCUGAAGAAAAUGUUGAACAAGCAGAGGCGUAAACUUGUAAUGAUAUUAGAGCUUAGCAAUAAACCAUAGUUAUUUACUC